GGCGAUAAAAAAAUGGCAUCCAUGCACUGUUCAACCACGACCAAAACCAAAACCCCCUAUGACAUAACAUGACCAGCAAGCAGCUUCUUCUCCUUCUCUCUCUCUCUCACUGAUGAAGUAAGAAGCACAUGCCGCGCGAAUGGGGAAUCUCUGCGGGUUGCUGUCGCCGGAACCGGUGAAGAGCGCAAGACCCACGUCGUCGAAAGCCCGGCCGCCAUCGCCGCCUUCCGUGAUCGCCAGCUUGAGCAACCGGUGGUCGAAACUCCGGUCGUCGUCGUCGUCGCGCAAGGACAAUCGCUCCAUUCAGGAGCAGGCUCUCGCCGCCGCGAUCAUCCUCCAGCACCGCCGCCAGAACGGGAAGUCCACGCCCGUCGAUCGGUCCUCUUCGCUCCGGUACACGAGCCCCAGCGGCCCCAAGAAGCAGGGCUUGCCCAGGAGCUGCAGCUCGCGGGCCAGGUCCGUCACUGAUCCUCUGUUGCAGCCUCACCAGCUCCUUAAUCAGGACGUAAAGCUUGAUGAAUUGGAAACCAAUCAUUUGGUCCUUGUUCAUGGCGGUGGCUUUGGUGCUUGGUGUUGGUAUAAAACUAUAGCACUGCUUGAAGAAGCCGGUUUCAAAGUUAUGCCGAUAGACUUAACUGGAUCUGGGUUUAAUUCCUUUGACACCAGUGAGGUGACAAGUAUCUCGCAGUAUGUGAAGCCCCUAACUGACCAUCUUGAAAAGCUGGCCAAUGACGAGAAAGUGAUUCUUGUGGGCCAUGAUUUUGGUGGAACAUGUAUAUCUUAUGCAAUGGAGCUAUUUCCUUCUAAAAUCACAAAAGCUGUUUUUAUUGCUGCUGCAAUGCUGAGGAAUGGCCAAAGCACUCUUGAUAUGUGGUCUCAACAGGCUGCCUCAAACGAUUUAAUGCAAAAGGCUCAGAUAUUUUUGUAUGCCAAUGGGAAGGACCAACCUCCAACUGCUAUUGAUCUAGACAAAUCUUUUUUGAGUGACUUGCUAUUCAACCAAUCUCCUGCUAAGGAUGUAGCGCUGGCAGCUGUUUCCAUGAGACCAAUCCCCUUCAAGCCCGUUCUCGAGAAGCUCUCACUUUCAGAUGUGAACUAUGGGUCAGUGAGGCGGUUUUACAUAGAAACUCCAGAAGAUAAUGCUAUAUCUGUUGAAUUACAGGAUAACAUGAUCAAAUUAAACCCCCCAGAACGUGUGUUUCGUCUAAAAGGUGCAGAUCACUCACCUUUCUUCUCAAAGCCUCAAGCAUUACACAAGCUGUUAGUGGAGAUCUCAAAGAUUCAUCCCCUUGACCAAGUCUUGGAGAAAGACGGCUUAGGGUGACCUAUUUGGCCCUGGUGCUGUCACUACAUCGCACAGUGAAUGUCGUUUUUGAGAGGUUUUAAUUAUUGCAGAUAUUGGUAGUCUUCCUCUUAUCUGCUGCUUGAUUUUUGACAGAGAUUAUGUAUGUGGUAUAUCAGCUGUUCAUGUAGAUUAGCCUUUUCCCUUUUUUUCAUUGGAAAGAGAUGUUACUUGAUGUGUCGUAGUUCAUAAGUUUGUAGAAAGCUCUAGAGGGUUAUUUAGCAGAAAAGAGUUGUGUAGCUUUUUGUUGCCUGAUAUGAAAAUAAAAUCUGUCUGUCUGUCUGUCUGUCUGUCUGUCUCUCUCUCUCUCUCUCUCACAACUUCAUUGGGCCAUAUGAUCUAGUCUCACAUCAUCAUGGUAUUGAGCCAACGACGGAGGUGGAGUCCAGCUUGCUUGAAAUUUGAUCCUUGAAUGAAGUAUGCCUCACAUUAGUGGCACAUGCAAGCUGCUAAAGUAAUAAAGGAUGUGGCAACAUUUGUGACUCUAUGGCAUAGCUUGAACUGUUAUCUUGCAAUGUAUAAUAUACUAAAUAUUAUUAUCCUA